AUGGAGAAACCCACAGUGAUGUCGUGCACUCGUUGCGGCUACCCAGGACACUUCACUUACCAGUGCCGGAAUUUCCUUAAGGUAAAUCCAGUAGACCCGUCGAGUUCUGUCUGCGUGGACGUUUCUAGCACGAGCUCCGAUUCCUCGGAGGAUUCGAUCAGCGAAGCAGGUGAAGAUGAGAUCCGGAGAUCCGACACGACAUCGAGCACUCGUAAGGUGGAGAUGAAAAGGUCCUCCAGUAGCAAGAAGUCUAAGAAGCACAAAAAGAAGAAAGAAAGAAAGAGAAGAAAGACAAAAAAUACGAAGGCACACCGAGAUGAAUCCGAUAAAAAGAGGAGGUCGAAACACAAGAAGCACAAGAAAAAGAAGAAGCACAAGUCCGAGAAGGAUUGA